AUGCGCUCUACACUUAUAAUAUCGCGCUUGCUUGCCCGAGAUAUAAGAAUUAGUGCAGACCCGGUAAUUUCAGGAGAUGCCAUCAUAUUUAAUAGCGAUAGUGAAUACGAUACACCUGGCUUAUUCAAAAAGUUAUAUUUAGCCAAAAUAACGAAAUGUUUACUGAACGAAUCGCUUCCUGAUAACAUAAGGACAUACAAAUGGUUUAAAUUAAUUAAUACUUUGGAAAUUCGUCAUAAUUUAUUAACAAAAAUCCCUGAUAAUUGCUUUCAAGAUUGUCAUUUCUUGAAGAAAGUCAUUCUUCCACAAGAAACCGUUCAAAUAAAUUCUCGCGCCUUUCAAAAUUCCGCAAUAGAAGAAAUCAAUCUCCAAAAUAUUGAAAUUAUCAUGGACUAUGCAUUUCUCAGCUGUGUUAAUCUCAAAAAUAUUGAAUUACCCAACAUUACUACAUUGGGUUUAAAUGCAUUUCAAUAUUCCUCGAUACAAUCACUAUCUAUCGGUAACUCAUUAACAGAUGUUAGUGACCAAGCAUUCUCUGACUGUCUCUUUCUUAAUACUGUUGAUUUCGGUGAUUCUUCCAUAAUAGGUGAAAAAAUGUUCUACAACUGUCAAAAUCUGAACACAUUUACAUAUAAUUUCGAAGAGAUUGGAUCAUUAGGAAAUAAAUGUUUCGCAUACUCAGGCAUCAAAUCCUUUAAAUUUGGAACGGAAAUCAGAUCGAUCGGAACCUACUGCUUUGAAAACUCCCAACUCACCGAUGUAACGUUUGAUGACCAUAUUUCAUUAACGUUGGGCGAAUAUACAUUCUCAAAAUGCGGAAACCUUAAAAAAAUUAAUAUCCCGAUUAAACUUGAAUUAAACAAAGGCGUGUUCCAUGAAUGCUGCAACCUAGUAGAUAUCACGCUAACAGACUUUGUUUCCGUUAUUCCUGAGAGUUUAUUUAAAUUUUGCAAAAAUUUGAAAAAUUUAUCUCUUCCAAACGUUCACGAGAUUCAUGAAAAUGCGUUUUAUGGGUGCUCCAACCUCGAAUCACUUGAUAUCCCUUCAAUUGCAUCAAUAGGAGACAAAGCAUUUUGGCAAUGUUCGAAAUUACAAUUAAAUCUACUCGAAAAUCGCCAAAACGACUUAAAACUCGGUGACAAAGUGUUUGUACAAUGUAACAAAAUAACAUUAACUAAGUACACAAAGCAUUUACUAAGCAAACAAAGUUUUGUUCAGUGUCCUGGUCUAAAAUCACUUGAAAUCUUCAUUUCAAGCUCAGUAAAUUAUAGUUUAUGUUUCUCAGGAUGCGUCAACCUGGAAUCCGUGGUGAUUGACCCUCUUUCCGAUGGAAAAAUCGGUGAAAGAAUGUUCCAAGGUUGUAAAAAUUUAAAAAGUGUCACUUUUACUGAUGUUGUGAAUGAAGUUGGGGAAUAUUCAUUUUUCGGGUGUCCGUUUAAUGAAGUAGAUCUAAAUAAUCUUACAAAUAUUGGUUUUGGAGCUUUCCAAAGAACAAAAAUUACAAAAUUACAAAUUCAAAAUAAUUUUGUUUCAAAUCAUCAAUUUGACAAUUGUUAUUUACUUGAAACAAUCUAUUUAGGACCUAAUGUUACUGAUAUAUCUUUUAACGCGUUCGCAAACUGUACAAAACUCGAAAAAAUCGAAAUUGACGAAAAAAAUUCGAAUUUUUUGUUUGAAAAUUCUGUUUUGUAUUCAUCAGACAAGAAGAUUUUAUAUGGAAUAAUGAGAGCAUCAUCCAAUAAAUCACUAGAAAUACCUUCAUCUGUUCAAGAAAUUGCUGAUUAUGCAUUUGAAUCUCAUCAAAAAUUAAAAAAAGUUGUUGUUUCGAAUUCUGUUGUUUUUGGCGAAUUUUCAUUCAGCAAAAUGCCGAAAUUAGAGAAAUUCACGAUAGAUAAUACAGGAGACUUUGUUAUUUCUAAUGGAAUGUUCGCGAAUUCAUCGAAUUUAGAGAAAUUCUUAUGUAAUGGAAAAAUUUUAUUUUUUGAUGAUUUUUGUUUUGAUUAUUGUUUUAGUUUGGAAGAAGUCGAAGGAACAGGUGAUUGUACGUAUUUUGGAACAAGAAGUUUCAGGAGAUGUAUUAGUUUGAAAGAGAUAAAUCUUUCGCAUGCGAAAAUCCUUGGUUUUGAAAGUUUCAAGCAUUGUUUCAAACUGAGUGAAUUACAUUUAACAAAUACUGUUGAAAGAUAUGAAGAAGGAUGUUUCCAUUCCAUUUCUAUAGAAUCUUUAAAUUUGUCUAAUCCUUAUACAGGAUAUUAUUUAGAAGAUGUUUGUUUUGAUAACAUUUCUACACUUAAGAAAGUUUAUUUCAUGGAUUAUUGUUCUUUUGCUGCUUCUGCUGUAUUUAAUAGAUGUGAUAUAGAUUAUAUUUACUUCUCAAAACAUUUUCAUACAAAUAUAUUUAAGAGUUUGUUGCAAGCAAUGAAAAGUAGUGAAUUACAAAUAGAAAUCGCUGAUGAUAAUUAUUAUCUAAAAGUUCAGGAUAAUUUCUUUGUUGUUGAUAAGUUAACAGGUGUUGUUCAAUCAAUUGUUGCUUAUAAUGGUGAAGAUUUUAUUGAAAUUCCUGAAAAUGUAACAACAGCAAGUAGCAAUGAUGUGGUAACUCAAAUGUAUUAUGAAAAUGAAUUGAGUUAUAUUGCAAGAUUGCCGCAAUCGAAAUUUAUUGUUCAUGAAAAUUUCUUGUCUGAUGAUAAUUCUAUGUUUGCGCAAUUCGGAAUUUUCGCUUUGUGCGUCAAAGGAGAUUCUUCAACUUAUUUCGAUGGAGUUGACGUGAAUGAAAUGUAUAGAGUUUUCGUUGAUUAUGACUACCCUUAUCCAACAGCUCUUGGUGUGAAUGUUGAACGCGGUGAUGAGAAAUUAUGUGAUGAUUUCAACGUUCAACAUUCUUUUGGAGUUGGAGGAAAUGUUUUCGGAUUGUCAAAGAAUGAAAUAUUUAUGUUGAUUGUUAUUUUACUUGUAUCUGGAAUUCUGAUUGCUUUCGUUGUUUAUUUCUUGUUCUAUUACAAGAAACUGUGCCAGAAAAAGAAGAAUUCUAGUGAAGGAAACCAAAGAAGUGAUGAAGUGAAUGGUUUCACGAAGAAUUCAACUUUCAAAGAUGAAAUAGAAAUGACUGCUUGA